AUGCAUCUAGAUAAUAAGAAAUAUCUAAAAAUUUAAUCAAGUUAAAAAUAAUUACCAUAUACUUAUAAAAAUGAUAAAUAAAAAAAAUAAAUUGAUUUAUCUAGUAAUGUAUUUGAGAAUAGCAAAAAUAUAGAUAUGAAUUUUAAAUCCCCUGAAAAUUAAUAAUUAAUUAAUGCAUCAGUCGAAUGCAUAUUUGUGCAUUAUGGUAAAGUGCUCAUAUCAGUGAAUGAGAAAGCAGAAUUUGGAAAAGAUUAUGCUAAAUAAAGGAAACAUUAAGAGUUUCAACAAUAAUAUCAGGAAGGCUCUAAGCAUAAAAGCCCUUCAAAAAUAAUAGAGAAUGAGAUUAAUAUUUAGUCAAACAAAUAAAAUCAAUAAUUUUCUAAUAUGUUUCGAUAAGAAUUUGGAAACAAAGCAAGAAAAUGGUUAAGAUCUUAGCGUAGUCUUUCACCUUAAAUAAAAUGGACGACCUUUGGUAGUACUAGAGAUAAUAUAGAUUUCUGA